UCGAGAGCAGCGGGACGGAGGCUGGUGAAGGAUGCACGGCCUGCCCCGUGCGCGGCCCGCACUCUCGGCCGCCUGAGCCCCGUCCGGCCGGCCCGCAGCCCACCGGCCGACCCCAUGGUGCGUGCGCCCGGCCUCCUGGCGGCCCUGCUGGGCCUGGGGCUGGCCCUGGCCCUGGCCCUGCGGCGGGCGGGCGCGGCGGACUGCGGGGCCCUCGGCCCGGCGGAGCGCUUGGCGUUCGCCCCGGCGGCCAAGACCCGCUGGCUGGCCCCUCGUGUCCGCCCGCCGGGGCCCCUGGACCCCCUCUACGGCACCGUGCGCCGCUUCCUCUCCGUGGUGCAGCUCAACCCCCUCCCCGCCGAGCUGAUAAAGGCCUUGCUGAAUGAGCCAUCCUCCGUGAAGGCGGAUGAGGUGGUGCGGUAUGAGGCAGGCUACGUGGUGUGUGCCGUGAUCACCGGCCUCUACCUCCUGGUGGUACCCACCGCUGGGCUCUGCUUCUGUUGCUGCCGCUGCCGCCGGCGCUGUGGGGGCCGAGUGAAGAUGGAGCACAAGACAAUGGCCUGCGAGCGAGGCACCCUCGUGGCCUUCCUGCUGCUGACCACCCUCGUGCUGCUGAUCGGCGUGGUCACUGCCUUUGUCACCAACCAGCACACGCAUGAGCAGAUGGGCCCCAGUGCCAAGGCCCUGCCGGAGACUCUGCUCAGCCUCCGGGGCCUGGUCUCCGAUGUCCCCCAGGAACUGCAGGCCGUGGCACAGCAGUUUUCCCUUCCUCAGGAGCAAGUCUUGGAGGAACUGGAUGGUGUCAGCAGGAGCAUUGGGAACGUGAUCCACACCCAGCUCAAGAGCACCGUGUAUGAGGUCCUGGCCUCCGUGCUCAGCCUGGGCCAGGCCCUGCAGGUCUCCGUGGACCAGCUCCGAGCCCUGAACGCCACCUCCACGGAACUUCAGGAGGGGCAGCAGGCCCUGGCGCCGGCUGUCCAGGGGCACCGGGAGCGCCUCCUGGCCCUGCUGCAGGAGCCCGGCUGCCGGGGCUGUGCAGAGGCCCUGGACAGAGCCCACGCCUUGGAGCUGGGAGCCGACUUCAGCCAGGUGCCCUCUGUGGAUGAUGCCCUGCAUCGGCUGAAAGGUGUCCCAGAGGCCAACUUCUCCAGCAUGGUCCAGGAGGAGAACAGUACCUUCAACGCCCUCCCGGCUCUGGCUGCCUUGCAGACGGCCGACGUGAUCAGAGAGCUGAAGAAGGUGGUGGCCCAGCAGCCUAGAGAGCUGAGGACACUGGUCGAAGCAUUCCCAGGCUGGGAGGCGGCUGCUCGCUGGAGCCAAGCACUGGAGGAGGUGGAACAGAGCAGCCGCCCCUACUUGAAGGAGGUGCAGAGAUACGAGAAAUACAGGUGGAUUGUGGGCUGCGUGCUGUGCUCUGUGGUCCUGCUUGUGGUGGUCUGUAACCUGCUGGGCCUCAACCUGGGCAUCUGGGGGCUCUGUAACAGGGAAGACCCCAGCCACUCGGAAGCCAAGGGCGAGGCUGGAGCCCGCUUCCUCAUGGUGGGUGUGGGCUUCAGCUUCCUCUUCGCUGCGCCCCUCAUCCUCCUUGUCUUCGCCACCUUCCUGAUGGGUGGCAACGUGCAGACCCUGGUGUGCCAGAGCUGGGAGAGCGGGGAGCUAUAUGAGUUUGCAGACACCCCGGGGAACUUGCCGUCAUCCAUGAAUUUGUCCCAACUUCUGGGCCUGAAGAAGAACCUCAGCGUCCUCCUGGCCUAUCAGCAGUGCAAGCAAGGGGCUGCGCUCUGGACGGUCCUGCAGCUCAAUGACUCCUAUGACCUGGAGAAGCACCUGGAUAUCAGCCAGUACACUGCCAAGCUGCAGCAGGAGUUGCAGAAACUCAAAGUGGACGUGAAGAAUCUGGACCUGCUGAGCCCAGCCGCCCGCCAGGACCUAGAGGCCCUGCAGAGCAGUGGGCUCGAGAGCAUCCACUACCCAGGCUUCCUUGUUGAGAUUCAGAAGCCUGUGGUGAACAUCAGCGUGGAGAAGCUGGCCCAGGAGCUGGAGAGACUGUCCCAGACCCAAGGCAAUACUGUGCUGGGGCAGCGGCUGCAGAAGGAGGCCCAGGGGCUCAGAAACCUCCAUCAGGAGAAGCUCCUCCUCCAGCAGAGCCUUGUGGCUAAGCUCAACCUCAGUGUCCAUGCCCUGGCAUCCUCUGCCCCACUUCUCCAGCUGGAGACCUCAGAUGUCCUGGACAGAGUCACUCACCUGGAAGGAGAGCUGCCUACCUGGGCCACCCGUAUCCUGAAGAAUGAAAGUGAGUGUUUCCUGACCCGGGAGAUGGGCUACUUCUCCCAGUACGUGGCCUGGGUGAGAGAGGAGGUGACUCAGCGCAUCGCCACCUGCCAGCCCCUCUCCGGAGCCCUGGACAACGGCCGUGUGAUCCUGUGUGACAUGGUAGCUGACCCCUGGAACGCCUUCUGGUUCUGCCUGGGCUGGUGCGCCUUCCUCCUGAUCCCCAGCGUCAUCUUUGCUGUCAAGACCUCCAAAUACUUCCGUCCCAUCCGGAAGCGCCUCAGCUCCGCCAGCUCUGAGGAGACUCAGCUCUUCCACAUCCCGCGGGUCACCUCCCUGAAGCUGUAGGACCCCACAGGGAUAUGGCCGCAAGGUGAUGCAUGGGGCUGCCUGCCUUCCCUGCCGACUUGGCCUGGACCAGAGGAUUGCUGUCGCUUUUGCCACCAGAGCCCAGGCUGGCAUCCAGGCCUGGAUUGCCCCCCAAUUCCAGUUCCCUGAGCCCAUCUUACUACUCCCUUUGCACCCCUUUCUGCUCACGACCCCUUCAUUCCUUCAUUCACGCUCAAAAACACACUUACCUUCUGUUGGAUCUCAGAGCCAACAAGUUCCUCCAGGUGUGUCUCCCUCACCCUCCUUGCCGCAAGAAAUUAGCUCCAGGACGGGCCUGUUCUCCGCCUAGUGGAGCCUCCUCAGCCCCUGGGGUAGGACAGAGGCCCUGCCCAGCCCCACUCUGUCCCAUCUGCCACCCCCCCAUGCCUCCCACACCUCUCCAAGCUCCUUGCCCCUUUUCCUCCUCUCCUCUGACAUCCCACUUGCCCCACUUCACUCUGUCCCCUCCCCAGCCCUCACUUCCUCCCCCCAGGGAAGCCCUUUCCCCCCUUUGUCCCCUCUUUACCUUUUGCCACUACCUGUCGGCCACAGGGACCCCUCCUGCCCAACCACACUAAUCAGGUAAAGCCACCAAGCAGGCCAGGGGCCACCAUGGCCUGGGCCUGGGCCGGCUGCAGGCUCUGCCUCGUGGCCCCUGAGCCCUCCACUGCUCAGGGGGCGGGACCCUCCCCAGACCCCGGCCUGGAUGUCUGGCCCCCAGGGGAUGUGGGAGGCCCGUGUGAAGGCUGAGCCCCCGUCUGCACCUUGGGCUAGAAGUCACACUGCUGUCCCACGGCUCCUCUCUGAGCACUGACUCCCUAAGAAGGGACCUGGGAUGUGGGCUGGAGCGGGGGCUCCCCCUCGGCUCCCCAGAAGGUAGCCUCUUUGACAGUCACCACCCAGCUUUCCCAGGGGAGAUCUGGUGGCCACAGGAGGAUUUUGCACCGUGGCCCUUACUUCUUCGAUCCUAUGCCCGUGACUGGGCAUCACCCCUGGUCCAUCCCUGUGCCCUCCCUGUGUGCUGGACCCUGAGUUCCAGAAAUGGGGAAGAGGAGGGGAGAGAAGAAGAGGUGGAUAGGACCUCGGAUCCAUUAAAGUGUUCUCACUUGGCUAAGUCUUGGCCUUGGAUCUUUCAGCUCUCCCAGGCUAGGGCCCUGGAUGUGGUUGGUGCUUAGUGAGUGAGUGUGGAGAGGAGAAUCCAAGGCCUCCUCUGACCACAGGCAUCCAGGGGUCACCCCAGCAAUCAGCAGGUGGGGAGUGGGGUCCACACUGGGAGCAGGCAGACCUGGAUUCACACCUGGCUCUAACGUUUGGUAACCAGGGCACCUUGAACAUGGUCCAUGGGUCCCCUAGACCUCAGUUUUUCCACCUAUAAAAUGGGGGAAAUAGUCAUAGCCGCCUCCUAGGGUUGUGAAUAAUGUGACAAUGUGUGGGAAUCCCUUGGCAGGGGCCUGGCACAAAACAAAUACUCAAAUGCUGCUUUUUUUUUUUUUUUUUUUGGCCAUGACUGCUCUGGGCCAGGGACAGAGCUGGGUCUAGGCAGAUACAAGCGAAGAGGGAGAUGGGUCCCUGUUCAAAGGAGCAAAGCCCUUCAAGAUUAGAGUCUGCUGAGUUUCAGAGGGUGUCUAUGUUUAGUUGCAUCUUACAAACCAGCAACAAAUUUGCUACUAGAAAUUGGGAUGGUGCCUACACAACGUAUUGUCACUAUUGCAAGCACACUGUCAGACGAGCAUCCUUGAAUGUAGCACAAUCGCCUCUUUUGGGCUUUUCCCAGAGGAUUCUUGGCUUGCUUUUCAUCUGUUGCCCUGUGUGGGGAACUGUAGCACCCUGCAUUUUAAGAAUGAGAUUGAUGGGAUAAAAAUAGAACUAGAAAAUGAUUAAAAAAUCAUUUCUAGUUCUCUAUCAAAAUUGCCUAUCUUAUCUUUUAUGUA